UCAUCACCCAGCGCCAACCGCGACGAUUUCCGGGUUGGGCUCAGGGCUGCAUUCCGCGCCAUGGGGGCUUGGCAGCGUUUGCUGCUCUGUGGUGGGGUGUCGUUUCGGAGUGGCUGCGGGGCCUUUGCCCCGCGUGGGGGAAGCCGAGUGUUGGUGUGUCGGCGCCAGUUAUCUGGCGGUGAAAGUGAAACCCUAAAAGAGAGAAGAACACAAAUCAUGACCCGAGGACUUCCAAAGCAGAAACCAAUAGAAGGUGUUAAACAAGUUAUAGUUGUGGCUUCUGGAAAGGGUGGAGUUGGGAAGUCUACUACGGCAGUGAACCUUGCACUUGCACUAGCAGCAAAUGAUUCGUCUAAGGCCAUUGGUUUGUUAGAUGUGGAUGUGUAUGGCCCUUCAAUUCCAAAGAUGAUGAAUCUGAAAGGAAAUCCAGAAUUGUCACAGAGCAACUUAAUGCGACCUCUUUUGAAUUAUGGUAUUGCUUGCAUGUCCAUGGGCUUCCUGGUUGAAGAGACUGCACCAGUUGUUUGGAGAGGCCUUAUGGUAAUGUCAGCCAUUGAGAAACUGUUAAGGCAGGUAGAUUGGGGUCAACUGGACUAUUUAGUUGUUGACAUGCCACCUGGAACUGGAGAUGUGCAGCUAUCAGUUUCACAGAAUAUUCCCAUUUCAGGUGCUGUGAUUGUCUCCACACCCCAGGAUAUUGCACUGAUGGAUGCACACAAGGGAGCAGAGAUGUUUCGAAAAGUCCACGUGCCUGUUUUGGGCCUUGUUCAAAAUAUGAGUGUUUUCCAGUGCCCAAAAUGUAAACACAAAACUCAUAUUUUUGGUGCUGAUGGUGCAAGGAGACUAGCACGGACCCUUGAUCUUGAUGUUCUAGGAGACAUUCCUUUACAUCUUAAUAUAAGGGAAGCUUCAGAUACAGGCCAGCCAAUUGUGUUUUCACAGCCUGAAAGUGAUGAGGCCAAAGCCUACCUGAGGAUUGCUACCGAAGUGGUAAGAAGAUUGCCUCCACCUCCAGAGUGAUUCCCCAAGUGUCCUGGAAAUUUGCCUGUUGCUUGGCAGUAAGACCUUUGGAAUCAACAGUAUGGUGGUUGAAACCUACAGAAAUAAUAGCAAUCAGAGUUGUUUUCUUGUAUCUCUAAAGAAAUAAUGUCUUAUAUUCAGGUUUGAUUUUCUAAGUAAUGACUCACAAAGUUUUUACAUACCAAUGCUUACUGCUACAUGUAGGAAUUUUUUGGAAAGCUAAUGUGUACCAACAUCACAGAACCCCAUUUUUUUUUAUUGAGCUACCUCUGAAGGAAUGAUGAGUUUAUAUUACAAGCCCAACCUUCAAUCAGGAGAGAGCUGUGAUUUUUUUGUUUUGUUUUGUUUUGUUUUGCAGUACUACAGAGUUGGCCAUUUAAAGGAUUUACUAAAUGUGUGUAUGGACAUAAGUGUGACACUUCUCCUUCAGGCAGUUUGUUCUGGGUUUGAAUUCUGGACACAUUCUUAAUAUAGAUAAUCUUCUGCUUCUUCAUCUAGACUAGACUUUACCCCAGAUUUAGUGAAUCUGAAUCUCCAGGAAGGGGGUCUGGACAUAUGUAUUUUUUAACAAGGUCAUAAUGAUAUUGUUGAUUCUGAUUAUGGUGGCAGUAAUAAUAAUAAUGCUAACUAACAUUUAUCAAGUGUUUUCUUGUGUCCUUGUGGUUACUCUUCCAUUCGUGUGAGUGGGAAACUGUUGUUGUCUCCACUUUACAGAUAGGAAAACUGAGAUAUGGGAAAGUUAAGUGUCUUCCUGAGGGUUACUAUUCUUGUAAAUGGAACUGAGGUUUGAACUUGGGCAGCUAGAUACUGGACCCUUCCUUUUGUACACCAAAUAGUAUCCCACAUUUCCUCAAACUUAUUUGACCAUAAUCUCCCCCAUCUCCCCUUUAGGAACAUUUCAUGUUCACAUUUCAAAGAAUACAGUUUGAAUAACAUGUAUCUUGUCUAUUUGAGGCUGAGAGAGAGAGUUGUGUCAGGGGUUUCCCAAGGUCAGGUAGGAAGAUUGCUUUAAGAGUCAUAAGUUAAUCCUAAAUUAUAAUGAAGUGGUCUCUGACCUUUGACAAAAGUUGGGUACCUUUGCUCUGUAUUUAAGGAACCAGAAAAUUAGGUAAAGAGUUACAUACCAUUAUAAACAGGUUUUCACACACUUAUGUUCACAUAAAAAAUUGUACAUGAAUGUUUAUAGCAGCUUUAUUUGUAAUAGCCAAAAAAACCCAGAUUUUUUGAGUAGGUGAUUGGUUAAACAAACAGUAGUGUAUCCAUGCCAUGGACUACUACUUGGCAAUAAAAAAAGAGCAAACUGUGGAUACAUGCAACAACCUGGAUAAAUUCCAGAGAAUUAAGCUGAAUGAAAAAACUAAAAACUAAUCCCAGAAGGUGUUGUGUACUAUAUGAUUCAACUUCUAAGACAUUCUUGAAAUGAAAAAAAUUACAGAAAUGAAAAACAGAUUAGUAGUUACCAGGAGUUAAGGACGGGGAAUGAUGGUGGGGCAGGAACUGUGUGUAUGUCCAUAAAAAGGCAGCAUGAGGGAUCCUCCUGAGGAUGGAAAUGCUCUGUAUCAUCACUAUAUUGAUAUCAGUAUCUUGGUUGUGAUAUUGUGCAAAUGUUAUACUGGAGGAAAUUGGGUAAAGGGCACAAAGGACUCUCCCUGUAUUAUUUCUUAACAGCUGCCUGUGAGUUUACGAUUUUCUCAAAAUAAAAGUAAAAUUUAAAAAAUCAAAUAUGUGCUACUGUGUCUGAACUGAAAUUCCUGGACCGCAUUAUCCAUGCUAAUAAAAAUCGUGAAUAAAAGUACUGGUGCAUGUACAGUAAUCAUCAUUUAUCACUUUGAGAAGGAAGUAAUGACUUUUAAGUUGUAGAAGUAUUUGUGUUUUUAUUGUCUUCUUGGAAGAGGGCCAAUAUGGAUAAUCAUGGAGUAUUUCUAAAUACUGUAAAGCAAGUAAUUGAACCAAGCUUAACUUUAUCUGGAAGAAGAAUGAUUUAAAUGAGCUCCAGAGGUGCUUAAAGUUGUGUGCCAAAAUUUAAUACAUCUCAUGGAGAAAUGGGAAAGAUAGAUGUUACUCAGAAAUAUAUGACUUGGAGAAGAUCCACAUGUAUAGUCACCUGCUUCCUUCUCUCUCAUCUACUAGUCUCUGCAGAUGCUUCCAGGAAAGCCUGUUUAAAAAAAAAAAAAAAUGUGAUUGGAGUUUAUAUGCAGGUUCAGAAGUGGAGGAAGGGGAAGUAGCUGUAAAAGCAAGAAUGAAGCUUAUUCUAAAAUUCUGCCCAUGGCAGCCUUUGCUAAGCUUCAGAGAGCUGACUUCAAAUAGAGUAUCAGGCACAGCUUGUCUCUCUGUUGACAGAGGUAAUAUUUAUUCCGCAUUCUUCACAUUUCCAUAGAGUAUAGAGAAUUUCCAUUCCCCUAGGGAAAAAGGAGGCUCCCUUACUUACUCCAUUCCAGGGAAGGAGGAGUGACUUAUAUUAUGGGCAGAUUUCUUGCCAUCUGCAUUUCUUUGAUUCCAGCCAAAUCCAGAGCUUCCUAGGCAGGUUACAGGGAUGGCUGAAGCUGUGCAUCUCUGCCUUGGCCUUGGGUGAGCAAGUCCAUCUAAUUUAAGGGUAGAGUAUUUGGUAAUCUAUUGUGGUCACAUAUCCCCUAAUCCAGCUUUUUUUUUUUUUUUUUUUUUUUGUUAUAAAGCUUUUAUCCAAAUGCUGUGUCUAUCAAUUCCAAACAGGGAAUAAUCUUCCCACCCCACCACACUCUAAGGAAACACAAAAUACCUCUCUAGAAUCCUAUAAAGUUAGAACUGAAGAAAAUAAUAGAAUUCAGAUAGUUUCACCACUCUACUUGAAGCACUUCUAGUAAAAAAUAAGUUCAUCAAUGGCCACCAGCCUGUUUGGGAGGAAAGUGGAGGGAGGUUAUCAUAAAGUAUUGUACGUAUACAAUAAAGCCCAGAGACAAACAUGCAUAGGUCAAUUAAUUAUCUACAAGUGAACACCCAUUUAACUAUCAGUUGAGGAGUAGACCAUAGCUGGCAUCCUCAAAGCCCCAGUGUUUUCCUUCAUAAUCACUAUCUUCUUUUUUCCUUAUAAAGUUAACAACAUUCUGAUGUUUUUAGCAUCUAAGACUGUACCCUUAAACAUUAUAGUUUUUGCCUGUUUUUUUAAAUUUAUACUAAAUGGACUUGAACAGUAUUUUGUUUUAUAUUAACUGUUUUCAUUUUGUUCUGUGUUGAAUGCUUUUGUUCUCUCUUAUGUUUCUGAGAUCCAUGUCUACUGUUGCAUGUAGCCAUGAUCUGUUCAUAUUCUUUGCUGCAGAGUAUCCCAUUUUUGAAUAAACACCUUACUCAUGCCACUGUCUA